AUGAUGAAUGAAGUCGCCCAAGCCUUGCAUCUUGGCAACCUUGCAUCACCCAUCAUCCAAUCCCCAACGGCUCCACAGCAACAGGCAACCAUUGCAUCUGCCGAACCCGAAAUGUCCUCGCUGGACACGAAUACGACCCGGCGCGCGCAACGUGGUGGUUGCGCGCUGGGACUCCCAUAG